UUUUUUUUGAAAUAUAAAAUAAAACUAUUAUAUAUUAUGAUACUAUUGAAAUGGAUAGGAAUCAAUCGGGAAACAAAUUCAGGCACAAUAUCAUCUCAAGAAGAAUCUCUUAUGACGGGUUUUAUUUGUUCAGAUGGUGGUGAUAAGCUUUUUGGUUUUGAAAAUUUUGGAAAUACAUGCUAUGCAAAUUCAGUACUUCAAACUCUUUAUUAUUCAAAACCUUUUCGUGAUGGUGUGAUGCGAUAUCCUAAACCUAUUUCUGUAUCACCUAAUAUACAAAAUACUGAAUCUUUUUCAGAUGAUUCUGCAACACAUUUAGAAGAGUCAUCUUUUGAUUUAUCCUUAUCCUUCGCUUCAUCUUCUUUGAUUUCUCAUAAAUCAUCUAAUAACUCUCAUACGCAUAUGAAUGGUACAAGGCUUCAUUCUAGAUCUUUUGAUGCAUCAUUUUAUAAAAAAAAUAAUUUAAUGGAUAAUACUAUGUUAUUAAAUAAUGACGAAACAUAUAAAAAUAGACGUCUUAUGGGAAAAUUCAAUGUUAAUAUUGAUUCAUCUCAUUGUUCAACAUAUGGGAUGAGAGAAUCUUUAUUUACAUGUGUCAGAGAUAUUUUUGCUAGUAUUAUUCAAUCUCAUGUUAAGGAUGGAAUAUGUUCUCCAACAAAAUUAAUUGAAGUUUUACGCCGUGAAAACGAAUUUUUUCGAGGUAAUUUGCAUCAAGAUGCUCAUGAAUUUCUUAAUUAUCUUUUAAAUGUUAUACUUGAAUCUAUAGAAGAACAUGAUAAAUUAAAUACUCAUACGAAUGGCAAUAUUUCGAUUAAUGGUGAAAGUAAUUGUUCCGUCUCUGCAAAAUGGUUCCAUUCAAUUUUUGAAGGUGUACUUACUAGUGAAAUCCAAUGUCUUACAUGUGAAAGUAUUACUUCUCAUGAUGAAUCUUUUCUUGAUCUUUCUAUUGACGUCAAUAAAAAUACAUCAGUUACAUCAUGUCUUAACUCCUUUUUUUCUCCAGAAAUACUUGCUGGAAAUAAUAAAUUUUAUUGUGAUUUUUGCGGGGAUUUACAAGAAGCUGAGAAACGUAUAAAAAUAAAACGUCUUCCGAAGAUAUUGGCUUUGCAUUUGAAACGAUUUAGAUGUAUUGAGGAAAAUGGAAAUUAUACAUUUUCUAAGCUUUUUCACACUGUUGUUUAUCCCUACUAUCUGAGAUUAUCUAAUACCACGGAUGAUGCAAAUGAUCCAGACCGUCUAUAUGAGCUUUAUGCGGUUGUAGUUCAUCUUGGAAGUGGGCCAUAUCAUGGCCAUUAUGUUUCUGUAAUCAAAACGGAAUUAGGCUGGACAUUAUUUGACGAUGAACGUGUAGUACCUGUUAAUGAAAUAUUUGUUCGAAGGUUUUUUGGAGAUCUUCCUGGAGAAGCUACUGCUUAUGUUCUUUUUUAUCAAACACUUGAUAUCACUUUAUAA